GAACAUUUUGGCUAAUUAAACAUUCUAACUCUAAUAGCAAUUUCACUAACUAGUCACACAACAUCAUGAUCCUACCCAAAAACCCCAACUUGUUUUCUUUCAUCUUUUUACUUCUCAUUCUCUCUUCCUCUUCCUCUUCCUUCCUUGUAUCUGCUUCUGAUUCUACAACUGAAGAUGAGUACAACUACAAAGUAGGAUCUAAGGAAGGACCAGAGAAUUGGGGAAAUAUGAAACCAGAAUGGAAAGUGUGUGGCAUUGGAAAAUUACAAUCUCCAAUUGAUAUCUGUAACAAAAGGGUGCAGGAAUUUCCUCAACUUGGUAUACUUCAAAGAGAUUACAAACCAGCUCCUGCUGUCCUAUUGAAUAGGGGUCAUGAUGUCAUGGUCCAGUGGAAUGGUGAUGCAGGGAAUAUUAAUAUAAAUGGAACUUACUAUAAACUAGUGCAAUGUCAUUGGCAUACACCUUCAGAACACACCUUGAGUGGAUCAAAGUAUGAUAUGGAACUGCAUGCAGUCCAUAAAAGCUCUACAGGAGAGACAGCUGUCAUUGGAGUAUGGUAUAAAAUUGGCAAACCAGAUCCCUUUCUUUCGAAGCUGCUAGAUCAAAUAAAGUUAAUUGAUGACAAGGAAAUAGAUGUAGGAACAAUUAACCCAGCAGACAUCAAAUUUGCAAACAAAAAGUAUUACAGAUAUAUUGGUUCUUUAACAACUCCACCAUGUACUGAAGGUGUUACUUGGACAAUAGUGAAGAAGGUUAAGACAGCCUCAAUUGAACAGAUCAUAGCCUUGAAAGAAGCUGUUCAUCGUGGAUUUGAGGAAAAUGCAAGGCCAACACAGAAUCUUGGUGCAAGAGAAGUUUGGUUAUAUGCUUCUGAAGAGAAUAAGAAGAGUACUUAAUAGUGUCUCUUUGGCAUUGCAAUCAAUUAUGCAGACACAAAGCAGCACACUUGGUGCAUGUUAGGGAGAGUGGCAAUGACCUCCACGGUGCGCACAUUAGUCUACCACUUCGAAGUGUAGCUUCAACCAAACUACACAGUACUGCCAUUGAAUGUUGCAAAAUCUAAAUAUACACUUAAUUGGAGAAAUUGGGAAGGUAAAGUUGAUUUGAUGGUCAAUUUGGUACAUAACAAGAGGAUGCAAGUAGCACUGUCGUUGUAUAUAAAAGAUCAUAAUCAAUUCCAUGUUGAUAGAA